UCGAACUUCAGAUCGGUCUAAAAAAAAUGUUUGUCGCGCUUCUAAUAGGUUUGGUGGCAGUGCUAUUAGGCUGGGACUAUCUGUACAAAAGGCGUCAUAAUGAGAUUUUUAAAAGUAACGGCCUUAAAUCCGUUUCGAGUCUACCAAUAAUAGGUUCAGCACAUCAUCUCAUCAAUGUGUCGGCAGCCGAAACACUUACAUUUAACGGCGAUAUCCUCAAGAAGUAUGGAAAAACAUGCAAUGCAUGGAUUCUAAAUCAAGCAACUAUUUUAACGGCUGAUCCCGAGCUUCUAGAGCCACUGCUCAGUAGUCAAAAAGUGCUGACGAAGAAUAAUCUCUACUCACUUUUGGGCAGCUGGCUGGGAGACGGUUUGCUGCUAAGUACGGGGCCCAAAUGGCAUAGCCGCAGAAAAAUUAUUACGCCUACAUUUCAUUUUAAAAUCCUCGAAGGAUUCGUAGAGAUCUUCGAUCAGCAAAGUACAAUUAUGAUGGACAUGCUGAAGGAGAAGGCAGACGGUCGGGGAGUAGUGAAUAUUUACCCAUACAUAUGUGCGAUGACGCUGGAUGUGAUAACUGAAACUGCCAUGGGCGUGAAAGUCAACGCACAACUGCAACCGAAUCUGCCGUAUGUCAAGGCUGUGCGCACCGUUUCCGCCAUAACAGCAGAGCGUUUUAUGUCAUCUUUGCAGCGUUUCGAUUUUUGGCUGCGCCUAACUGCUCCUUCGUGCUAUAAGCAACUCCAAACCAGCAUUGAGCUUAUGCACGAUUUCACCGGCAGUGUCAUCGAACAACGUCGCGCGCAAUUGGAGCAAACUAGGCGAUCCCCUCAAACACAACCCACCGACGAACAGAACGAUGUUGGCGCCAAAAAUCGUACCGCUUUCUUGGAUAUGUUGCUGCUAGCGGAAAUCUCCGGACGGCCGCUUACCAAUGCCGAUAUACGCGAAGAAGUGGAUACAUUCAUGUUCGAGGGGCAUGACACCACCACCAGCGGCAUAUCUUUCACUUGUUACCUACUCUCGCGUCAUCCGGCUGUACAGCAGAAAGUUUUCGAGGAGUUACGUGCCGUAAUAGGCGAUGAUAAGCGACAGGCGGUGUCACUGCGAGAUCUGCAGGAACUUAAGUACCUGGAAUGUGUUAUUAAGGAAUCGAUGCGACUGUAUCCGCCAGUGCCAAUAAUUGGGCGUUACACUGAGGAGGAUGUUUAUUUAGAUGGUAAACUCUUUCCUGCCAAAACGAAUUUGAUGAUGUUCCUCUAUCACGCCUUACGUGAUCCCGAUUACUUUGAAGAACCUGAGAAAUUUAUACCCGAACGUUUUAGCGUCGAUGCCAAGCAAAAAAUAAGCCCAUUCGCCUAUGUGCCCUUCAGCGCCGGUCCGCGCAAUUGCGUGGGUCAAAAGUUUGCCAUGCUCGAGAUGAAGAGCACGAUUUGUAAACUUUUACGGUAUUACGAACUCCUCCCGUUGGGGGAGGAAGAACGCCAUAUUAUGAAUUUAGUGAUGGUUUCAACCACUGGUAUAAAGGUGGGUUUAAGGCCUCGAGUAUAUGCUUAACGUCGCAGGUUAGCUGAUACUGGCUUCUUCCACUGAUGCGUUGUAGUUUGUAGGUACUCCAUGAUAU